GAAGGUAUACUUAGUUCUUCAGUUAAUUAAAUUAGUACUUGACGUCAUGAAAAAGGGAAACCUUAAGAAAAUGCUUCAGUUACGAAGAGGCCUGGAGUGGACGGAGGUGCUAAGUGAAUAUCGUUAUUAAAGGGCACUUUGCGGAGGCUUUAAAAGCGGGAGCCGGGGGUCGCAGGCUCAUUCCCGACGCGUCUUCCCUUCAGUCUAUCAGCUCCAGUGCAUCAUGAGGUGGUUGUCGUUCCUCGCCCUGGUCGCCGCGGCUUCGGCCCAGAUCCCCUCGCUGGGGUGGUGCCCCGACCUACAGCCCAUGGCGAACUUCAACAUGAACCGUUUCCUGGGCACGUGGUACGAGGCGGAGCGCUACUUCACCGUCAGCGAGCUCGGCAGCCGCUGCGUCACCACUAACUACGAGAGCACUCCCGAGGGCCGGAUCCUCGUCUCCAACGAGAUCACUAACUCCUUGACCGGCUUAAAGCGCAUCAUGGACGGCUCGCUCCAACUGAUCGGGCGCGAGGGCGAGGGCCGCGUCAUGAUCAAGUACGUGUCGUACCCGCUGCCCUACGACGCGGAGUACAGCAUCCUGGACACGGACUACGACAACUACGCCGUGGUCUGGUCCUGCAGCGGCAUCGGACCCGUGCACACGCAGAACGCUUGGGUGCUGACUCGCGCCAGGAUCGCUCCCACCAACGUCAUGCAGGCUGCCUACGGCGUCCUGGACAAGUACAAGAUCUCGCGAGCCUUCUUCGUGAAGACCAACCAGGCUGACUGCAACAUCCUGCCCUCGCCCGUCGAGUCCCCCGAGUCCAAGAGUGCUGUGGUUGUAGACGACGUGGUCGCUAAGAACGCGGCUGUGCUCCCUGAUGUCGUUGUUCCAGAAAAGGUUGCCGAGGUUGUUGCGGAGCCCGUUGCUAAAGUGGCGGUGAAGUCAAACCUCCCCCAGGAGCGCCUGGCCGCGCCCGUUGCUGAGCUGGCCGCCGAGCCCGUCAAACCCAUGCAAGUCCCAGAACUCAUCCUGUCUGAAGCCUCGGAGAAGAUUGAGAAAAUCGAAAAACCUGAUGAGGAACCACUGAAGAUGGACAUGAAGCCAGAAAUCCCCAAAGAACCAGCCAUGGAAGCUGAAAAGAUGGAAGAAAAGCCUGCCCAAUAACUCGUGAUUCCUCCUCAUUAUUUAAAUACAGUAAAUACUUAGUAAUUGUAAAGAAAUGUCGUUGACUGAGUGGGGAUAAUCUGCAUAGCUAUAUGGGCUACAGUACCAAAUAGAUAUCAUACAAAUAAAGGAAUCCCUCAAAAACAUUGCUGGGUGCGUCACUUAGUUUUAAUUACAUGAUAGUCAUUAUCAAAACUGUAAUAGGAAAAACACUCUGAAAUAAAUUUAAUAAAAGAUU